CGACUUGUAAAACAGAGCCGCUACCGAUUCACUCAUAUUUGGACUCAAGAGUCUUCACCCUCGACAAUGGCAGCAAACAUGGAAGAAUACUCGGCAUCAUCGACCCUAAUCCCCUUCCCCGCUCCCCUCCCUCUCCUCCGCCAACCCAUACCCGCUUCCCGACCCGACGACCCAUCUCUCGGACCCUUCCUCCUCGCCUUCCCAGACCCCCAAUCCUGGUCCUCAUCUCUCUCCUCUUGUCAAUCGCAAAUCACCCACCAAUGCGAAUCCGGGUCGCGGGUCGGAUGCUCCAUUGCCGCCUCCCACAAAUGCAAACCCCCCUGGUGGAAACCCUUGAUUGGACUCUCCAAUCAAGAUUUUAGAGAGAGGGAGGCCUGUGAGGUGCGAGAAAUGGAGAGGUGUGUUGAAGAAAGUAGGGGGAAGUGUGUGAGCUUUGCGAGGGAGAAGUGUGUGAGUGUGUUUCGAGAUGCGAGGGUUGCAGUGGACUGGAGGAACGGGGAUAGGAGGAGUGUGGGGAAGUUGGUUUGGUUAGCUACUUUGAUGGGGAGUCAGAGUGUGGGGUUUGAGUUUUUGAGGUCUCAAGUUGCUGUUUCGAGUUAUCGAGGUAGUGAAUUGUUGGGUCAUCAUUUGGAUGUCGAUAUAAAAGGCUAGUGAUACACUGAGAAGUUCUUGGUAAGGUAUAAAAGUGGUGAGUUGAUAGGGGAUCAUUUGGAUAUUGAUUUGAAGGGCUAGCGAUGCAAGUUUUGGUUUUUCUUCAGGGUGUAAGAAUUUGAUCUUCAGUUAUAGAGGUGGUGAGUUUUUAGGUGAUCUGUUGGAUUUUGAUAUAAAUGGCUAGUGACAUAAGUUGUUUUUCAUCUCGGUGUAAGGCUGUAAGUAUUUGAGAUGAUAUGUGAUAUUUGAUGUUUAUGUAUUAUAUAAAUGGAACUAUAUUGUUUGGCCUAAAGUUAAUUUCUUUGGAUUA